CAGCAAUGCCUUCAUCUCUCAUGGUCUUCCAAGUCAACCAUAGAAUGGAUAGUAUGACCGUUGAUCUUAUCUCAAAGACGUGCACAUGUAGGAAGUGGGAAUUGACAGGAGUCCCUUGUUGUCAUUCUGUAGCUUGCAUGUUCUUUCUUCACCAUGCCCCUGAAGACUAUGUGGAUAAGUAUUACAAGAAGGAGACCUACGUGAAGAUAUAUAGUGGAUGUAUCCCUCCGUGCCCUGGUGAAAGGCACUGGCCAAGAAAAGAGGCUGAAUUGGAUCCUCCACCUAUCAAAAUUGGGCCUGGAAGACCAAGGAAAAAUAGGAGAAAGGACCCUCAUGAAGAUCCAAAGAAACCUGGUAAGCUAACAAAGCAUGGAUUACAAAUGUCUUGCAGCAUAUGUAAGUCCACUCAACACAACAAAAGAAAAUGCCCGGACAAAGACAAAAGUACAACCUCAAGUGUUUCAAAUGAACCUAAAAGACCAAGGGGGAGACCUAGGAAGAAUGCACAACCUUCUACAGAGGCUGCCAGUGAAACUGAGUAUACAAAUGCCACUGCCCAACCUUCACAAAUUGGGAGAGGUGGGAGGCUGAUAAUGAGAGGUAGGGGCAGAGGGAGGUCCAAAGGGAGAGCCAAUGAGGUUCCUCAGGGAUUUGGUGUGUUUGUUGAUGGUUAGGGAAAGAACAUUCUUAAUUCACCUGGUCAAGUAGGAGGUCCCAAACUGCUUUCAGGGGAUGGAUAUGCUCCAUCAAGCAAUGACAGUGCACCAGUGUGAAAGAAUG